GAAAGAAGAGGAAUACACCAUUUAAAGAGAGAGAUUAGCACUCUGAAGAUGAACUCGGUUUGAUGUAGCUAGCCUACACCAGCUAAAGAGCAAAGAAGCAUAUAGUACUAAUAAAUUACAGGUGCAGUUCUUAACAAACGCAAUUGAGUUUCGGGGGCAGGUAUACAAACUUGCUACAGGAAUAUGAAUUCCAUGGCAAGCUGCUUUUGCUUGAAGAGAGCUGGACGUCCAACUCUUGAGGAGCAUUCUAUACUUGCUUCUGAGACAUCUUUUACCGUGAAUGAAGUAGACGCUCUCUAUACUCUGUAUGAGAAACUAAGCAGCUCCAUCACUGAUGAUGGUCUUCUUCACAAGGAAGAUUUUCAGCUUGCUCUUCUUGAUAGCAGCAAUAAGCAUACAUUCUUUGCAGACAGGUUGUUUGAUUUGUUUGAUCUUAAGCAUAAUGGAGUUAUUGAAUUUGGAGAAUUUGUUCGUUCUUUAAGCAUCUUUCACCCAAGAGCACCAGAGGCAGACAAAAUUGCUUUUUCCUUUAAGUUGUAUGACUUGAGGUGCACUGGCUAUAUCGAACAUGAUGAGUUGAAAGAAAUGGUAUUGGCUCUUCUACGUGAAUCAGAAUUGACACUUCCAGAUGACGUCGUUGAAGCAAUCGUAAAUAAGACAAUCAUGGAGGCAGAUCUAAAAGGUGAUGGGAGGAUUGAUCCAGAAGAAUGGAAGGAAUUGGUGGCAAGGCAUCCUUCAGUCAUAAAAAACAUGACUCUUCCACAUUUAAAGGAGAUAACUUUGGCAUUUCCAAGUUUUGUGAUGAAGACGCGUGUUCAAGAUUCAGAACUCUUCUCUUAAAAUGACAACCAACCGACCAAGCG